AUGAAGAUCUUCAGUCUCUUCUUUACCUUUUCCUUCGCAAUUGAGGACUUCCUCCUCUUCAGCCUCCUCAAUGGCAAUUCUGGUUCCCAAUCCCAGACAUCCCAGAUGAACACUCUCCUUCCCCUCCUCCUUCUCAGCGACAACAACAGUACAAGUGACAACACUGAUCUCCUCAUGCUGACAAUGAUGUCCGGCGGAACAAACGACAUGAAUCAGCUCCUCCCGCUUUUGCUCCUCUCCGACGAUUCUGGCGAUACCGACAUGCUCUCUACUUUUCUGCUUCUUUCAACAAUGCAAGGCGACUGCAAUGUCAACACCAACGACGCCAUGACCAAUCUCCUUCCGCUGCUUCUCUUCGCUGAUGAUGGCAGCUCGCUUGGAUCAAGCUCUGAUUCGCUCAUGACAAUGCUUCUUUUCUCCACCAUGAGCGGCGGCGAGGGAUUCAGCUUCGAGACUCUUCUGAUGCUCGAUUUGUUCUCCGACGGCUCCAGCCGAAAGCGACGAUCGACUGAUGACGGCCUCGACGAUGUUCUGAUGAUGGUUCUUCUUAGCUCCAUGUCCGGCGGCAUGAACACCCAGAGCGGCUUCGACAACUCCUUCAACUUGCUCCUCCCCCUUCUUCUCAUGAACGACACUUCUAGCGAUAGCGACAGCAGCUCCCUUCUUGUGUUGAUGAUGGCAAUGCAGAGCGCCGCCCCCGGAACUGGAAUGGGCAGCAACAUGCUUCUUCCUUUGAUGCUAAUGGACGACAGUGGAGACAACGAGAGCCUCAUUUUCUACAUGAUGAUGUUCGGAGCUGGCAACAACGGUGGAUGCAACGCGGCUACUGUCACCCUCCCGGAACAGAUUGUCCAGCCAGCUCACCCAGAACAGCCAGUGGUUAUCUAUCAACAACCAAACUACCGAACUGCCGGAAAUUACGCCUACUUCGGAUGA